AUUGAGUUAUAUACCAGUGACACAAUAGCAAGCCACGGCACAAAGCAGCCGAUUUUGGGCAUUUGCGUUAUGGCCGUUUGGGAGAUCAUUGGUGGCGGCGAGUCAGGUGGCAUUCUGGUGCGGCAGGGCCGGGACCUGAAGUCGCCGCAGGAGGCGGCGCGACUGGCCACCGGCUCCAAGGUCCAGGAGCUGGAGUUGGUGGGUGAGCGCCUGCGUUAUCGUUUGGAGACUGGUACUGGUCCUGAACAAGGAUGGAUUAGUACGCGCAUCUCUGGAAAGGAGUUGGCAGUGUGCACGGAAGCGCCAAAGCUGAAGUGGAUGGAGGAAUCUGCAGAAAAGAUGCAGGCCUUCCGGGAGAAGCGAGAAAUGUUGCCACCUCCCGUCGAAGAGCCAGUGCGGCUUCAGGGCAAGGUGCAUCCGAAAGAGAAAUUGCCGGCCUUCAAGCGCUUGAGCCACAAAGACAUGGCUGAGAUGUCGCUGAAGAAUUUGCCAGGCCACUUCUCGGGGAUGAAGUUCCCGCACACGGCGGAGCAGCUGAAGUCCUUUGGGCCCAGCUGGUACACGGACGCCUUCCACAAGUUUGGAACUCUACCUGCUGACAACUAUGUGACCAAGGUGGUCAGUGUGGAGCAGCUACCACACACUGGAUUCGAUGCUGCCGGAGGCGCAGGACACAAGGCGCUCAUCGAGCUUGAGUACGCGAAGAAAGACCCAAAUCUGCAUACCAAGCUGUUUGCGAAGUACCCCUGGGAUUACUUCGGGGGUGAGACCGCAAAGCAGUACCGGAUGCAGAUCUCCACUUAUGGGGAUAUGGACUCCGCGGAGCUUCUGACCUCGAUUUGUUGCGAGCACUUGUUUCCUUUUCGUAUUCCGAAACUAUAUUUUGCGGACAUCAACCGCGACACCACAAACUAUGUGCUCAUUGUGGAACGCAUUCCCUUUGCUCAACGUGGCAAGGUAGUGAAUGGCAAAGUUGAGAAGAAGCCGCGGAGGCCUUUCGAGAUCCUACCUGUUUGCGGCAAGUACCAGGACUACCUUUUGGAGGACGCGGCGAGCAUCUACUUUGCGCUCUUCCGCGAAAUGGCGCACCUGGUUGCAUGGGACCAUCAAGGUCGCUACGACUCGUUUUUUGGUCCCAUGAUGAAGUACACGGAGCAGGAGUUCUUGGAAGCACAGAUCAAGGUGCGCAAGCCCAACAAGGCGAAACGCUUCGAGGUGCUGUCGAAUGGAUGUACCACCUUCUUGGAGAAGGGUAUUGAUUUUGCGUUGAAUGUCGCUCCGCAGAUCUUUACUGCGGCAGGGAAGGAGAAAGAUAAGCUCAGCCGCAUGAAAGAUGAGAUCAUAGCGAUGGCCCCCUACUUCGAGGAUAUUAGGCAAUUCUUGGGCAAUUCCAGCGACUGGACUGGUGCAAUGCACAUGAACCUGCAAGCAGACAACGCUUAUUUGUGGCAUGAUGAGCAGGGCGAUUUGGAUGUCGGCAUGUUCGACUGGUGCGGAUUUGCACGUACUUCCUACGUGAUGAACUUCAUGGGAUGCCUCAGUGGGGCGGAUGCCGAUUUGCUGGACGCACAUGAGGAGGGGCUCAUGAAGAUGUUUUGUGACGAGUGUGCACGGUAUGGGGGUCCCAAACUUCAGCUCGCGGAUUUGCUGCUCCGAUAUCGCCUGCAGUGGCCUUCAUUUGUCAUGGAUUGCUGCCAAUGGGUGGAGCGCGACAUCUACCGGGAGUGUCCCCGAGAGGAGUGGCACACCAUCAAGGACAUCAUGGACGACAAGUUCAUCGGCCUUUGGAAUGUGAGAUGUCGCGGUACUUCUUUGAGGAAUGCUUUCGAGUACUACCACCGGCGUCCUUUUAAGAAAAUUUACGAUGAAUGGAAAAGCGGAGUCGGCAGGGAAUACCUGUCAAAGUUUACAGCGUAGCCUUGCCACUUGCAGUCAGCCAUUGCUUCUCGCAGUCA